AUGAACGUGUUCCGGCUGGCGGGGGACAUGACCCACCUGCUCAGCGUGGUGGUGCUGCUCCUCAAGAUCCACACCAUCAAGUCGUGCGCAGGCAUAUCUCUGAAGACGCAGGAGCUGUAUGCAGUUGUUUUUGCAGCCCGCUAUCUGGACCUGUUUGUUCAUUUUGUGUCUCUGUAUAACACUGCCAUGAAGCUGGUCUUCUUGGCAAGUUCUUUCUCGAUAGUUUGGUACAUGAAGCGGCAUAAGAUUGUGCGGAGGACCUAUGACAAGGAUCAUGACACCUUUCGCCAUUACGUUUUAGUGUUGCCUUGUCUUCUUCUGGCUCUCCUCAUUAAUGAGAAGUUUACUUUUAGAGAGGUGAUGUGGGCAUUCUCCAUUUAUUUGGAAGCUGUUGCGAUAUUUCCACAACUUGUUUUGCUACAGCGGACAAGGAAUAUUGACAACCUGACUGGUCAAUGUCUUCUUCUUGGGCUGGAAGAACAAUGUGAAGCUAGAGCUGCCAGCUUAAGGUUGCUGCUCCUGUCCAAGAUAGAGUAG